UUAUGCAAUUCUCUUCCAUUAAGCUUACUGGAACGAGAGGUGUGCGUGAACAUAUCAUGCGCUUAAGGGACAUAGUGGCUCAGUUGAAAACCUUGGAAGUUACCAUGUCUGAAUCCUUCCUGGUACAUUUCAUUUUGUGUACCCUACCUCAACAGUAUACACCCUUCAAAAUCUCCUACAACACACAUAAGGAUAAAUGGUCUAUUAAUGAAUUGAUGACCAUGUGUGUUCAAGAAGAGGAGAGAUUGAUAAUGGAAGAGGGUGAGAAGGUAAAUUUGACUACUUCUAAUUCUGGAAAGGAAAGGAAGAAGUCUGUAGGCACCAAUAAAGGAAAGAUUCCGACUCAACCAACAAUUAAAAAGGAGUCAAAGUGUUUCUUCUGUAAAAAGAAAGGACACAUGAAGAAGGACUGCCCCAAAUUUAAAAGUUGGUUUGAGAAGAAAGGGUAUGGAAAGCCUAAGGAAGCCAGUGGGAAGUGAGCAGUGCAUCUACUCAGGGAGUAGGAUGAGCUCACAUGUAGAGGCCAUUGGAACGUGCGUCUUAGUCUUAAGUAGUGGCUUUAAAUUACAUUUGGAGAAAGUUUUUUAUGUUCCUAGUUUCUGUAAAAACUUAAUUUCUGUUUCUAAACUUGCACCUUUGGGAUUUUAUUUUAAUUUUACAGACUUUGGUUUUAAUUUACUAAAUAAAUCUGAAAUUAUUGGUUGUGGUCAA